AUGGGGGUUAAACUGAGCAAUUUUAAAGCCUUCGUCACUCCAAUUUUAAUGAACGCAGAGGCAGAAGUAACUGAUGCCGAUAACUCGGCGACUGAGAGAGACGAGCCCAUCAGGAGGCCGCGGCGACCUCUGUAUACACCUCGGUCUCCGCAGUGCUCCAACGACGUGACAGACGGGGCUGAUGAGGCGAAAAACGACACUGGAUUAAUCAAAGAUGGGCAUCUAUCAGAGCUGGAUCGGUCGCUAAUUGCAGUUCCCUAUGAGGUUGGAUUAUCGAAUAUGCGUGAGCUGGAGCACCUUAUGGAGAAGGAACUUCUGCUUAUCGCGAGCUACCUUUCGAAGCGACUAGUGCUUUUGGAAUCGCACGACAUUGUGCUUGAGAAGCUGCAAAGGGCACUAGAAAGACUCCAACGGUUGGAUUCAUCUCUGCGGAGAAUUGACGCAUCGCUGGAAACAGUGACCUCCCAGCUGUCUGCACGCAUAGAUACAUUCCAUACCGAAUCUUCAUUGGGAACAGGAAAAGUAGACAAUAAAUUCUGCUUCGAUGACUAUCGGCAACGUGUUGCUUGGGUGGUGUCGGAAUACCUCUUGCGAAGGGGCUAUCUCAGUGCCGCUACGCCGUACGUGGCACAGGAACAGCUAAAUAUGUUGGUUGACACGGACUUGCACGCCACCGUCGACCGCAUAUAUCGCGAGCUUCUGGAUCGCCAGCUAUCAGGGGCGCUGGAAUGGGCCGAAGCGAAUUAUGAGACCCUCGUGAAAUUAGAUUCCACACUUUUGGAGGACAUCAAAGUGCAACAGGUAAUUAUGCGUCUACAGGACGAAGACGUCACGGGCGCUAUUUCGCUUCUCAAGUCCUUUGGAAGCGCAAUGCUUGAACGAUGCGAGGACUCCAGGAAGCUGUUUUCUGCCAUAGUGCUGCUGAAGGUGACGCAUCAACGAAGACAAGGCAACGUUGAGCCUGUAGAUUCACAGGACCCUGAUCAGGUACCUGGUAGCACAGAAAUGGGUGAUCGCACGGACGACAACAGUUCGCAGGACAUGCACGAACAAAAUGCCCCUGCAACCCCUACGCAGUCGAACGAAGACCCAGAGACCGAUUCAGAUGACACCACGCCCCAGUUGAUCUGUAUUUACUGCGAUGAGACCGUCAAUAGCGAGUGUGAAAUCUGCAAUCACUACACUGAUUUGACAAGCCCCGACCGGUGGGACAGUCUGGCAGCCGAGUUCUACCGCUGUAUAGUUUCAAUAUACAAUCUUGGUCAGCAGACUCUGCUCGAGAACCUGAUGCACACAGGUUUCUGCGCCAUAAAGUCCACCAGCUGCGCAGAUCACAGGAACGCCACGUGUCCCGCAUGCCUUCCGGAGUGGCGGCAAUACGUCGACAAAGUGCCCACGACAACGAAGCUGGACUCCGUAUUGGUGUGUCCGGUGACAGGGGAUGUGAUGGGCUACGACAACGCGCCGUUCACCAGCCCUGGCGGCUGCGUGAUAUCGGAGCACGGGCUCAACACGCUGAUCCGCAGCGGCGACGGCAAGCAGGUUGAGUGCCCGCAGACCCGGCUUAUGGUCCCCAAAGAAGACUUCACGAAGCUUUUCAUCACUUAG